AUGGCUUGGUAUAUGCGCAUUGGCCAGAUGUCCCUCUUUGGCCUGCUGAUGGACGUGUAUCUGUUGAAGUUUGGCUUUGACCAGGCCAGUGUCCAGAACCGCAGCGGGUUCAUGUAUCAAAUUAUCACCAUGGCCACGGUGCUUGGCAGCAUGAAUGCCAUGGCCAAUUUCCCCGAACUCCGGGACAUGUACCUGCGCGAACGCAAGGAGAAGCUCUACAAUGCAUUCCAGUUCUUCGCGGCCUACACCAUGCACAGCUUGCCCUCCAGCAUCGUGGCAUCCUUCCUCUUUAGCCUGCUCACAUACUUCCCGCUGGGGAUGCAGCAGGACUCCGGCACCUAUGCCUCCUAUCUGGGCGUCGUGUUGAUCCUGCACCUAUUUGGCGAAUGCCUUGGGGUUUGUCUGCUCGCCCUCACGCGAGAUGUCACCCUGGCAAAUAGCCUGGCCACCAUGAUAAGUGCCAUGUUCAGUCUCGUCGGAUCCGGCUUCAUUCGCAGCCUCGAGACGAUGCCCCUACCACUGAAGAUGCUUGGCUGGGCGACGCCCAACAAGUAUGCCACCGAGGUAUGUGUCCGGCCCAGUGCAACAUGAGGCCUCUUCCUCGCGGCCGCCCCCCCCCCCCUGUGCACCGGCAGGGCGAGGGGAGGGUCUCGAGAAGCCGGCCCUUUUUCGAGGGAGUUGCAUUUUUUUUCCCCCGCCACCUGCGGGUCGGGCGCGGUGUGCUAACACACGCGCAUAUCACGUUCCGCGAAUGCAAAUGAUGAAGAUCCUGGUUGCGGGGCAAAUUGGCGGGCUGGAGCUGAAUUGCGACAACCCGAAAUUCCCCUGCCGCUAUUUGAGCGGCGACCAGUUCCUGGAGAUGUUCUACCCGAAUGCCGUGAAGAACUUCGCCUACAACUGGAUCGGCGUCAGCGGCUUCCUGGUCGUUAUCUCGGCCAUCGCCGUCUUCUUGGUCGCCUUCGACCGGACGAGGGUCACCAGCUAGUUGUGUGCCUCCCCGCGAUGCGAGGGGGUGUCCCGGGAAACGGGGCGAUAUUAUGGUCCCAGUUUACCUGGCGUCAAACCCGCGUACCAUCCUCCCGCCGGCUCUUUCUUUCGCGCGCGCACCGUCUUGCUAUGUCCCUCGGGUGGCAUGUUGCACACGCCGGUAGGGGUGAGGAAGACCGGGGGGGGGGGGUGGAGGAGGG